AUGGCUCCAGCACGGAAACAGUCGAGUUUGCCAGCGGGUUACAAGGAGGACCACAGCAAAGGUGCCAUGCUGCGCUUCGAAGACUCCCUUCCGCGACUCCCCGUCCCCACCUUAGAGGAGACCGCCAAGCGAUACCUCAAGUCCGUUCACCCGCUCCUCUCCCAAAACGAGUUCGACGCGACUACAAAGGCUGUCAAUGAGUUCGUGGCUCCUGGCGGGCCUGGAGAGAAGCUCCAAAAGCGCUUGGUGGAGCGGAGAGAGGACCCCAAGCACAGGAACUGGAUCUACGAGUGGUGGAACGAUGCCGCGUACAUGGCCUACCGCGACCCCGUUGUGCCAUACGUCAGCUACUUCUACUCGCACCGCGAUGACAGGAAGAGGCGAAACCCAGCAAAGCGCGCUGCAGCUCUCUCAACAGCUGUGCUCGAGUUCAAGAAGAUGGUUGAUGAGUGCAGCCUGGAGCCUGAGUACAUGAAGAAGCUCCCCAUGGCCAUGAGUUCCUACGAGCACAUGUUCAACUGCUGCCGUGUACCCAAGAAGCCAUCCGACACCAGCACGAAGUACCCUUACAAGGAGAACCCGCACAUCAUUGCGAUAAGGAAGAACCAGUUCUGGAAGAUCCCCCACGAGAUCAACGGAAAGCAGCUCAACACCAGCGAGCUCGAGCUCCAGUUCCAGCGCGUAUAUGAGAAGGCUGAGAAAGCGCCCGCAGUCGGUAUUCUCACAUCCCAGAACCGUGAUGUGUGGUCAGACGUCUACCCCAAGCUCAAGGCUGCCUCUGCCAACAACGCCGCAUCCCUUCAAGACAUUGAAGCCGCCUCCUUUGUCGUUUGCCUCGACGACGCAUCUCCCGUCACUCUCGAAGAGCGCGCACACCAGUACUGGCACGGCGAUGGCGCGAACCGCUGGUUCGACAAGCCCCUCCAGUUCAUCGUCAACGAGAACGGCACAUCUGGCUUCAUGGGCGAGCACUCCAUGAUGGACGGCACACCCACCCACCGCCUCAACGACUACGCGAACCAGCAAAUCUUCACCAACGCCCUCCCCUUCGACGACCCCAACGUCCGCUCCGACCUGCCCAACCCGAAACCCCUCCGCUUCGAGAUCAACGCGGAGCUCCAGCAAGACAUCGCCGACGCCCAAUCCCACUUCUCCCGCCAAAUCGGCGCACACGAGCUCAGAGUGCAAGCCUACCAAGGCUACGGCAAAGGCCUAAUCAAGAAGUUCAAGUGCAGCCCCGACGCCUACGUCCAAAUGAUCAUCCAGCUCGCCUACCACAAGUUCUACGGCAAGAACCGACCCACGUACGAGUCCGCGGCGACCCGCCGCUUCCAACAAGGCCGAACAGAAACCUGCAGAACCGUCUCCGACGAAUCCGUCGCGUUCUGCAACGCCAUGGCCGACGCCGAUGCUACACCCGAGGAGUGCGCGAAGAAGUUGCGAGCCGCACUCGACGCACACGUCAAGUACAUCUCCGACGCCAGCGACGGCCGCGGUGUAGACCGCCACCUCUUCGGCCUGAAGAAGUGCCUCAAAGAGGGCGAGGAGGUACCUGCUCUGUACCAAGACCCAGCCUACACCUACAGCUCCACAUGGUUCAUUUCGAGUUCUCAGCUGUCGAGCGAGUACUUCAAUGGCUAUGGGUGGUCGCAGGUCAUCGACGAUGGAUGGGGUAUUGCGUAUAUGAUUAACGAGAAUAGCAUCCAGUUCAAUGUUUGCUCUAAGGGUCUUGGUUCGGAGAAGAUGAGCUUUUACCUCAAUGAGGCGGCGGGUGAUAUGAGGGAUAUUAUGCUGCCUACUCUUGAUGCGGCGAAGGCGAAGUUGUAG